AUGGCGGAUCCAGCAGCCCCCAGCAGCGCGGAGGAAGACCCGGCUAAAGAGCUGGAUGAGACUGGGCUGGCUCUCAAAGGGAUCAAUAUGCUUCUCAACAAUGGCUUCAAGGAAAGUGACGAGCUGUUCAGAGCAUACAGAAGCUGCAGUCCUCUGAUGAGCUUUGGCGCCAGCUUUGUCAGUUUUCUGAACGCCAUGAUGACUUUUGAAGAGGAGAAGAUGCAGAUGGCCUUUGAGGACCUGAAGGCCACAGAGCGACUCUGUGAGAGCGACUCUGGGGUCAUCGAGAGCAUCAAGAACAAGCUCAAGAGGAGCAUGGACUCGCAGCGGUCCGGAGCAGCCGCAGUGGAUCGACUUCAGAGACAAAUCAUAAUCGCAGACUGUCAGGUUUAUCUGGCCGUGCUGUCCUUCAUCAAACAGGAGCUUUCAGCGUACAUCAAAGGAGGCUGGACCCUCCGCAAAGCCUGGAAAAUGUACAACAAAUGCUACAGCGAUAUCAGCCAGCUGCAGGAGAGCCACAGGAGGAGGGCCACGGAGCAGCCCCCCCUGGACCCCCCCCACAGCUCGUCCCCCGGCCCCUCCGCCAGGGCCCCCGCCAUCAGCCUGGAAGCCCUGGAUCGGCUCAAAGGCUCCGUGAGCUUCGGCUACGGCCUCUUCCACCUCUGCAUCUCCAUGGUCCCGCCGCACCUCCUCAAGAUCGUCAAUCUUUUGGGCUUCCCCGGGGACCGCCACCAGGGCCUGGCCGCGCUCGCCUACGCCAGCGAGAGUAAGGACAUGAAGGCGCCUUUAGCAACCCUGGCUCUGCUCUGGUACCACACCGUGGUGCAGCCCUUCUUUGCCCUGGACGGAGCCAAUACUCAGGCAGGACUGACGGAGGCCAAGUCCAUCCUCCAGCAGCGUGAAACCACUUACCCCGACUCCUCCCUCUUCAUGUUCUUCAAAGGCAGAGUCCAGCGUCUGGAGUGUCAGAUCAGCAGCGCCCUGACGUCCUUCAGCAGCGCAUUAGAUCUGGCUUCUGAGCAAAGGGAAAUUCAACACGUGUGUUUAUAUGAAAUAGGCUGGUGCAGCAUGAUCGAGCUGAACUUCCGAGACGCCUACAGGGCUUUCGAGCGGCUGAAGAACGAGUCUCGCUGGUCCCAGUGCUACUACGCUUAUUUAACCGGAGUUUGUCAAGGAGCCAGCGGCGAGCUACAGGGAGCCAUGGCGGUCUUCAAGGACGUUCAGAAACUGUUCAAACGCAGGAAUAAUCAGAUUGAGCUGUUUUCUAUGAAGAGAGCCGAGAAACUACGCAGCCCCAACGUCACCAAAGAACUGUGCAUCCUUUCUGUCAUUGAGAUUUUGUAUUUAUGGAAAGCGCUGCCCAACUGCUCCGCGACCAAUCUGCAAACCAUGACCCAAGUCUUGCAGGGGAUCGACGACGCUUCCUCCACCGGAUUAAAGUACUUACUGCUGGGCGCCAUCAACAAAUGUGCCCACAAUACCAAAGAAGCCGUACAGUAUUUUCAUUUAGCCGCGAGAGACGAGGUGGGCUGCCUCACCAACUCCUAUGUGCAGCCAUACUCCUGCUAUGAACUGGCCUGUGUGCUCCUCAACAGCCAAGAGACUGCAGAGAGGGGUCGAAUGUUAAUGCUUCAGGCUAAGGAGGACUACGCAGGCUAUGACUUUGAGAACAGACUACAUGUGCGCAUCCAUUCAGCUCUGGCCUCGUCGCAGACCUCAGCUCAGCCCUAA